CAGCCUUCUGCCGUGGCAACGCAUCUCAUCUCCGUCCGCUUUAUUUUCUUUUUGGUCCUGCCGGUCUCCUCACCGUCACCCUCGUUGUCUUCCCGUCAGCUUCAUUUCUUGUGCGCCGUCUUAUCCACUCCGACCCUGGCCCACCAGCUCGUUUCGGGGGCUGAGAAGAUCUGACCUUCGUCAUAUUUUGCUUGCCAGGGCUCCACCUGCCCAAAGACCUCGUCGGUUCAUAAACACACAACGCACUCGCACUCGCUCGCACGCAUACGACCGUCUCUGGAAUUGCGCUGCUUCAAUUCCUGUGGCGCAACCCACUCGCUUUGCCGACCCUUUCGAAUCGAUUGACAGCAGUCCACCCGCCGCAACAGGCGUUCAUCACACAUCAUGGGUAAACUCGGCAGAAUAGCGUGCAUAACCACGCCCAUGGUCCUCACCGUCAUCUCGUUCAUCCUGCUCGUUGUUGUCUUCCUCGGAGGAUGGAACAAGAACGACUCGAACCUAUCGUCGCUGUACUACUUCAAAGCCGACACAACGGGCUUCAAGAGCAAUAUAACUGAGUCUGGAGUCCUCAGCAUAAAUCUGCCAGGCUCAGCAGACGACCAGCUCCGCAACUUCCUCAACCAGCUUACCAGCUCCAACGCGAAGAAGAACCUCUCGGACAUCUACGAGGUGUACCUGUGGAAUUACUGCUCCGGCAGCAAGGAGAGUGAUGGCAGCGUCAAGCUGACCUACUGCUCCGCCCGCGAGGCGCGCUACUGGUUCAACCCGGUUGAGGUUUGGGGCUUGAACAACUCGGGUGUUGCGGAUCUGGUGCCCAAAGAGAUCCAGCACGGGCUGAACAUCUACAAGGCCGUCAGCAACUGGAUGUUCGUCGCCUACACCAUCGCCUUUUUCGCCACGCUGGCCAACAUCAUCGUGGGCCUGCUGGCCAUCUGCUCCCGCUGGGGCUCCUGCGUGACGACCAUCGUGUCGUCCGUGGCGACUCUGUUCACCUUCCUGUCCGCGCUCACCAGCACGAUCCUGUUCUCGGUGCUGACAGGGACGUUCAACUCGGUGCUCAAGACGUACGGCAUCAAGCUCAGCGUUGGCACCAAGAUGAUGAGCGUCGACUGGCUCGCAUUCGCCGCCUCCCUGGCGGCCACGCUCUUCUGGACCGUCAGCAUCUGCUGCUGCUCCGGAAAGAGCGACCGCAAGCGUCGCGACGGCGAAAAGGGCUACGGCGGCGGAAAGGGCUACCAGCCGCUGGGCGACAGCCGCGGCUCGUACGCGCAGCCGCCGACCAACGUCGAGAUGAGUAGCUUCGGCGCUCACGGUCCGUACGGCGGCCGGGAAACCGCCUACGAACCGUUUAGACACAGCUAAGAGGCAGGCUGGAUUCCACAGACGGGGCUUGUACGGCCGAGGUCGACGCGGAUAGAGCGACCUGACGGCCACGUUGUUCACGAUGUGUUUUGUGUGUGGGCGCAAGAUGAUACCCGAAUCGCUCCUUCUCCUUCAUCUUACAUACUUUUGGAUGGUUUGUAUUCGUUUGGCGUUCCAAGGGUGAGCAAAACGCUCAUGUGAGGACUCUGCAAGACAAGCAGAAGAGUUAUGAUGAUGUCGUAGGAUCAGUUAGAACUAGCAUGCCGAGAAUCAAAAACGAUUGACUUGGCUUUCCCCCG